AUGCAUCUCACCUUUGCGCGCAGCGGGCGCUCCCCAUUCGUUCUUUUCUUCCUCUUCCUUCUCGUUGAUUGUUCAACCGCUUUUCGGAUCACGGGUGCUCCUGGAGGGUUCGGCUCUAACGGUGAACGGCCCCUGAGAUAUGAGAUACACGACUUCGCGAAUCCGGGGCCAGCUUUCGACUUGUACAUCCUCGCUCUGAGGGAUUUCCAACUUCUGAACCAAACUGAUCCACUCUCUUACUUUCAGAUUGCAGGAAUUCAUGGGUUUCCCCGGGUCUCGUGGGACGGAGUCGCAGGCAGUGGUGGCUAUCCUGGAUUCUGCAUGCAUGCUUCUACUCCGUUUCCCACCUGGCAUAGACCCUAUUUGGCAUUGUACGAGCAACUCAUCUGGCAGCACGCUCAGAAUAUUGCGCGUACUUAUCCCGACGACCAACGCGAGCAAUAUGUGAACGCCUCCGUCACUUUGCGGCAUCCGUAUUGGGAUUGGGCGGUCCAUCCAGCGUUGCCAGAUGUUGUCGCCGAACCCCGAAUCACGGUGAACACGCCUAUAGGGUGGCGGACAAUGGACAAUCCACUUUACCAAUACGUCUUCCAAUCCAAUGCUGCAGGGAACGGCUUUCCCCUUUCCGACCCGAUGGCCAACUUUUCGCGAACUGUCCGCUGGUGGGACCAGACAACCAAGUCGAGCAAUCAGAGUGCAGCAACUGCAGCAUUACUUGCCAAUGCUGCUUCGAUUCAAUCACUGGUGUAUCAGAUGUUUACAGCCUUGACAGACUAUACCGCAUUCUCCUGUACUUGGCCUGGCGGUCAACAGAAUACUGGUAACAAUAUCGAAACCAUUCACAACAGCAUCCACAACAGCAUUGGAGGAUAUGGUCACAUGCAAUUUCCAGAGGUUGCAGGGUUUGAUCCUGUCUUUUACCUGCAUCACGCCAACGUUGAUCGUCUGUUUGCCAUGUGGCAAGCGCUGUAUCCGGACAGCUACAUGGAGCCCACCGUUAAUGCAUACGGGUCGUACUACGAGCCUGUUGGGUUUGUCGAUACGGCGGCUACCGCUCUUGCUCCAUUUCAUUCUGACGAUGGAAGCACAAUGUUUACCUCCCACGAUGUCCGCAGCACUGCAACGUUUGGCUACAGCUACCCUGAGCUCCCUGACUGGGAAUUGAACCCGGAUCAAUUAGCCGCGCACGUACGGGCAAUAGUCAAUUCACUCUACGGCCCCUCCACCAACAGCACUGUCCGGCGUGCGUCAGAGGAAAUCAAAAGUAGGUCCACGAACAUCGCAGAUUCCUUCGGUAAUAUCUCGCUCGACCUCGCACGACAUCUCAAUGUGAACAACCUCAAUACACAGUGGUCUAUCACCGUCCUGGUCGACCGCUUCCCGCUGGACACAAGCUUCUCUAUUGAUUUCUUCAUGGGUGAUGCUCCCCACGAAGUCUCUCAGUGGCCAACAGCUGCAAAUUUGAUUGGGACGUAUGCCCAAUUCAAUCCUGCCAACGUGACAUUGUUUCAUCCAAAUGGAUUUCCUGAAGGACAAGUGCGUGGAGAGAUUCCUAUGACACAUACCUUGGCGGUAGGUGUGUCUAGAGGUGUGCUUCGAGACCUUUCGCCGCAAUCUGUGGUCCCGCUAUUGCAGAAAGCUCUGACAUGGAAAGUUCGCACUCCUGCAGGCGAGGAGGUGCCAGUCACAGCGCUUUCCGGACUCUCACUAUCAGUCUCAACACGACCAGUUGUACCUCGAACGGCGAGAAAUCGUUUUCCGCAGUACGGUGCCGUGCAAUGGCUUGACUCGGUUACGGAGGGGAAACCCUGUGGGGCAGGGCGUGCGCAUUGA